AUGAUGGCCGUUACCACCUCGCGCGAUGACGCGCUGCGGCUCCCUGAGUCCGAACAGCUCACGAUACCCUCGAUACGACCCACACAGACGCCCCCACGAUCGAGACGGAAAGCAUCUACGUUGCCGGCCCUGCGCGCAUUCUUCCCCCUUCUCGUCUUCCUCGCCAUAGCCUCCUUCCUGCCAAUCGCAAGCGCCGUAUUCGUAAACUUUGAAGAUUGCCUGACACGGGUCUACCUGGCCGACGGCAAGCAAACGCCCUACCUCCGCUUCACCCCCGAAUACGUCUGGGCCGACUUCAGUCCGGAUCACACUCUUAAUGUCACCGUAUACGGCAAUGUCUCGGGUCAGGCCCAGCUUGGUGACUACCCACCAUUGAACGACGACAAUUGGAAGGACCCGAAUAUGACGUUUGGCAAGAUUGUGAACCUCGCUCCGAACCACAAGCACUACACUACUCUGUUCUGGAACAACAAGGUCCUGACCUACAACGCAUACAACGCGCCCGCCGCCCAGUUUUGUCAGUCCGUACUGAACACAAGCUGCCCGGUGGCUCCAUCCUUCGGUGGGAACUUGAGCGAAUUCUGGACCUUACCAGCUGUCAGUGUCGCACACAACUUCGGUAGCUCGUACGCAUUCUCGACUUGGGCCUCGACACUGCGCAUCGUUUCUGGUGACGACAAUGCACAGGCUCUCGGCUGCAUUUCUGCAAACAUCACACCAGACCUCGGCAAAAAAUUAUCCGACGCGAUAUGCUACCUUCCGGCUGCCGUGCUCGCCCUCGUGGCUAUUGCAACCGUGUUCGCGGCGACCUGCAGCCCAUGGGGAACGUCAAACAUCUUCCGCUGGACCAGUAACUAUGGUCGAGAUGAGGACCUGCUGCGGCUGGUCACGCCAGGAUUUGGAGAUUGUUUGCAGUACAUCCAGUUCAUCGUCUUGGCAGGAAGUCUCAGCCUGAACUACCCUGGUUACUUCCAGCCCGUCGUCAGCCAGGCCAGUUGGUCGUUACUUCUGUUUAAUCAGAGUUUCGUCAGUCAAGGCAACGGCUCCCAGAGUCUUGUUGACGGCAUCUACUUUGCUAACGGAACCUACGGCCUGAACCGCCUGGGUCAGUACGUUGGGAUGAGUAGAGAGCGUGAUAUAUGGGCGUGCAUGGCCAUCUUCCUACUCGUUCUGAUAGCCUGUGUGAUUGUGCUUACCCAGCUCGGCUUCUUUAUACGCUGGCUCUUCCGCUGGAUUACCAACACGCAAGAUGGUGAUCUGACUGGGAAGAACUGGUCUUUCACCGCCGGCAACAUCAUCCGUGUCGUGUACAACUACUUCAUGCUUCCGAUUAUAGCGCUAUCCCUGUUCCAACUCGUAGUCGGUCCACGCUCGCCGGCUUCCGUCGUCUCCUCAGCCGUCAUCAUGCUGAUCAUCGUCGCCGGAUCAGUUACCUGGAUAUUCUGGUUUAUCUUCACCACACGCCCUCGUGCUCAUUUGUUUGACGACCUCCCUACUGUCUUGACCUAUGGACCACUCUACAAUACCUACUCGGAUGAUGCCGCUCCAUUCUCUUUCAUCCCUGUCCUGCUCACUAUCAUCCGUGGCAUCGCUAUCGGCGCUAUUCAACCGUCUGGCAUCGCGCAAAUCAUCAUACUUGCUAUAUGCGAAGUUAUUCUGAUCCUUACUCUACAUGCCUUCCGGCCGUUCCAGUCGAAUACUUCGAUGAAUGCGUACCAUACCUUCUUCGCCACAAUCCGACUCAUCUGCGUCCUUCUUUCGGUAGCUUUCGUACCUUCCCUCGACGUGGAUGAAGCACCCAAAGGCUGGAUCGGAUACAUCAUCCUGUUACUACACGCUAUCGUUUUGGUCUUCGGCUUCUUCCUGAACGCUCUUCAGACAAUCAUCGAAGUUUCUGCCCGACUUGGUGGCGUAGGUGCGGACCAGCGAGGUGGUCUUACCGCGGUCUUUGGAAAGCGACAACUGUCGAAACGUAACGUUCAUCGAAACACUCGUGGUAGUCUGAACUCGAACGCUGCCAUGUUGUCACACGAUGAGAACAAGAACAUACAGCUCAUGAACAGUCGAUCUCGAAGUAUGUCUGCCAGUUCAGCCGUGCUGUUGAAUGGGCCUUAUGACCGAGACAGCCAACGGGCAAGUGUUGGAUUUGACGGCUUCAGUCAGGGCGACUACGGAAAUGUCAGUCCAACUCCAGGAUCGGGUCCGGUGCCCUUCACUUUCUUAGGUGGUGGGUCUUCUGGCCAGAGCUCUCGCCGACCAACGAUGGGCACCAUGGACGCCGCGGAUCCAUACUAUCGACCUCCACGCCCUCGCAAGCAUACUAUGGAUUCUCUAACCGCAGCUGCACCAGGCAAGGCGCCUCUGGGGAGUGCAGACAUUGUGGACGCCCCCUACUCGGACAAUCUGGACACUGAAGCUAUCAAAGCCGGUGAAGGCCCGUCGCGUACUUCCGGCACACCUGCUCCAGCCUAUCUGCGGUUGAAUCGAGACGACUCGGACCCAAAUCUUGAUAGAAGGAACAACAACAAUACCGAUUAUUCCGUGCGCGAGUCAGACUUUUACUAUGGACUUCGUGGCCCUGCUUUGUCUUCUCAGCCUACGCGAAAGCUGAAGACAGGGCCUGCGGAUCCAAUGAGUCCUGUCUCGUCGGCUACAGGUUGGUUCAAGAGCUUGAACCUAUUGGGUGGGCGGAAGAAGGAAAAGAGCAAGGGAUUUGAAGUGGUCAGAAGUACACGAAUACCACCGCAGAUGAUGGCCGUGGAAGAAGACGCUGAGUCGCCAGCAGUCGUGCAGGAGCCAUAUCGGGACAGUCCUGAGUCACCUCCGCGAGCUCGGAACGCAUCAGGAGGGUCAGGCGUAGCGACAGCGGCUGCCUUGGCUGGAGGGAGACGAGACUCUUCCGAUAGCGACUCAGACACGAGUGACGAGGAACGAAAUUACGAUCCAGGCAAUCGGAUUUCGCCUAUUGCACCGGCUCUGGGACCCAUUGAGAGUUUUGGCGGAAUCGAGCUGCCCAGUAGAAUUGGGUCGCGUGCUUCCCGCGUUACGCAACCACCAGGACCUCCAAGUCGCGUGCCAUCAAUACCGCGCAAGAACUCACGUCGUACGAAGUCGACGGAAGCUGCUCUCCUCCCAGACCGGCUGUCGACUGUUAUAGACGUGCCGACGUCAGUGAGUCCGAGCAGUCAAAGACGAAGUCAGCACCUGCAACCGGGCGGACCUGGAGGCCUUCCCAUUCGAUUACCCUUUGGAUCCACCGAACCUUCACCAGAGCGCUCGCCUGGGCCAUCAGCAGCAUCGAGCAUAUACCGUAACGACGGUGUCAGCGAACUGAAUGCGCCCCCAGCGAUUGGUGGAACGUCGGAGCGUCCUCUCAGCACUGGUGUUGUCCAGCACCAUGUGACAAAAGACAGCGUCCAACGUGACGUUUAUGACGCGGGAAGUCACCUUGAGGCUUCGGCAGAGAUUGUGGACCGUAGUCGCAGUGGCAGCACACAACACAGUGGGCGCAGCUACCACAGAUGA